UAGCUUGAGCCUGGGCACCUGGGUUUGCCCAGGCUGGGCCCCUCCCAAGCCCAGAAGCCUGGGUCCCAUGGGGCUGGGACGCCUGGGUCCCCCCAGGGCACGGUGUCCCUGGGUUCCCCAGGGCAAGCAUCUCCGAGCCUGGACAUCUGGGUUCCCUUAGGUCAGGGCACCUCAGGACCCGGAUGCCCGGGUUCCCCCAGGUCAGGGUGUCCCAGGGUGCCUGGGCUCCCCCAAGUUGGGCAUCUCAAUUCCCCUCGGUCAGGGUCAGGUUGUCUCGGCCAAUAGGAAGCUAGGGUGGCAGCAGCUGCAUUUGCUGAGCCGAGCAAGGCGGGGCAGGGCCCUGCUGGGAGCCAAUGAGCACCUCCCACACGGGUGGGAGGGGGUGGGGCCUCGCAUUGGCCCCUUCCCCCAGCCUGAUGUGGUGGGGCCAGGGUGGGAGAGGGGCCUGACAAUUUUAUACACAGAAAUUUAUUGUAAUAGAAAUAAAACCAGUGGAACCAGUGACAGGCUUGGCCGCAGACUGGGUGCCCGGACUCCUGGCUCCCCUCCUGCUUGGGGAAGGGAGCAGGGAGGGGGAGGAGCUGGGAAGCCCUGGACACCUGUGUUCUCUCCCUGCUGGGGUUGGGCGUACGGGCCUCAGCCUCCCAGGAACCUAACGGGGCCUGAUCUCAUUAUGCCCAGGCCCACCCCAGAGCUGGCUGCAUCUUGGUGCUAACCUGGGGGUUCCUGUUACACUCAGCCAUAACCCACCCCAGAGCUGGCUGCAUCUCUGUCAAUUUAGGGGUCUGUUCUAUGCAGCCAGGAUGCACCCCAGAGCUGGCUGCAGUUCCCUCCUAGGGUUCUCUGUUACAUCCAGUCAUGAUGCGCCCCAGAAGUGGCUGCGUCUCAGUGCUGGACAAGGGGUCCCUGUUACACCCAGCCAUGACCCACCCCCAGAGCUGCAUGAAUCUCAGUGCCAACCUACGUGUCCCUGUUCUAUGAAGCCAGGACCCACCCUAGAGUUGGCUGCAUCUCAAUGCUGGACAAGAGGUUCCCGUUACACCCAUCCACAACCCACCCCAGAGCCAGCUGCAUCUCCCCCCCAGCUUCUCCCACCCCACUGGCACCCCAGACACCUGGGUUCUCUCCCAGUUUGUAGUGGGGGCAGCCACCCGCCCCCAUGCUGGGCGCUGCAUACUCUUGGCCACCGGCCCGGCUUCCUGCCCCCCCCCCGCCCCCUUGCGCAAGAGCCUCUGGCGCCUGCAACUUGGUGGCCACGGCCUGCACCCGCUGGCCACAGAGCCCUGGACGCCUGGGUCCUCUGGCGGGGAGCCCUGGAUGCCCGGGUCCUCUCUGGGCUCUAAAAAGGGGAGGGUGCAGGGACACCUGGCUGGCCUGGACUCCUGGGUCCUUUUGCAGGGGGUCUCCUCAUGAGUGGGGUCCCUGGACGGGGGUUGGUGCGGCCCCCCCUGGCGCCAUGGCUGGCAGGGGGGGCAGUGCUGGGGGUCCUGGCCUGCCUGGCAGCCCUGGGGAUGCAGCAGAGGCAGGUGGGCACCCUGCGGGCACAGCUGGAGCAGCUCCAGGAGCGGCUGGAGGCCAAGACCUACGGACGCCCCCAGGACCCCGCAGAAGACCCAGGCAUCCAGAGCAUGCGCACGCACACAGAUGAGCACCCCCAGGACACACCCAUAUGCAUGCACUACCCUGGUGUCUGGGACAGAUGCCCCCCCAGGUGUCCAGGACACACGCACACGUGCACAGCCCAGGUAUCACCCCGCAGCAGGAGGCAGCUCGAAAGGCCGUCACCCUCCCCCGGCCCACGGCACCAGCACCGCCAACGCACGGCCCUGCACCUGGUCCCCAGCCACUGCUCCACCAACGCUGAGGGUGACGUGACGGAGCUGUGGUGGGCGCCGGCGCUGCGGCAGGGCCAAGGCCUGGAGCUGAGCGGCUCCAUCGUCACUGUGCGCCAGGCGGGCCUCUACCUCGUCUACAGCCAGGUGCUGUUCCACGACCCCACGUUCACCAUGGGGCAGGUGCUCUGGCGUUUGCCCCCCGGGGGCCGGGGCCCGGGACAGAUCCUGCUGCGCUGCGUCCAGAGCAUGCCCGGGCAGCGGGAGCAGGCCUACAACAGCUGCUACAGCGGAGGUGCUUUCCACCUGCAGCGGGGGGAGGGGCUGCGCCUGGCCGUGCCCCGGGCCAACGCCUCCCUGGACCUCACCCCCCACGGCACCUUCCUGGGCCUGGUGCGGCUCUAGAGGGACCCGGGCGCCCGGGCAGCGCCCCGCAAAAGGGAGCCCGGGCGUCGCCGAGAGAGACGGUGGGACCCAGGCGUCCAGAGCCGGCCGCCACCAGCGGGAAGGGACCCAGGCAUCCGGGCGGUGGCGCCGAGACGGGGAAGGCCCCAGGCGUCCGGGACGCCGCAUGGACACGUGGGGAAAAAGGACCCAGGCGCCCGGGGCAGGUGGGCGCAGGAGGCGUUGCGACCACCCGGGCACGCCAACGAGCACCGAUUCCUCCCCGUAGCAACAAGGGCAUCACUCCCGAAAUCUC